AUCAGGGCUGCUUACCAGUCAAAGUCAAUGGAAAGUCAUACGCUGGUCCGUGCAAGGAUCUGCCACGACUCAUUGGAACGCACGCGGGCGAUGAACGAAGUUCAGUAUCUCUCGUACGGUUUUGUGGAAGCUGGCAGAGGCACAGAGAUCGCGACGGAGGACGAUCGUAAUGUUACAUGCGAGGAUACACUGGCUGAAAUCUUUCUUUGAUCACCGACGAGCAAAAGUUAGGAGCCUGAGUGAGGAGAUACAUCCGGGUCGUUGCAGCGGCGCGAGAGGAGCAUUGACCCAAGACACGAGUGGAGGUUACAUGCGGCUUCGCUUCGGAGCACAUCUACCCCUGUCCCUAGUUGCUCUCUUAGCCGGUCACCGGCUUCAGGAGCAGCUAGGGACAGGCGCGGCUGGAGAGCAACUAGGGACAGGCAUGCCCACUGGCUGAGCAGGUCGUGCGCACACCUCCAGUCACCGAGUCCGUCGCCUCGCGAAAGAGG